AUGGGAAACACUUCAAAGCGCCCGAAUUUCCUCUUCAUCCUCGCUGAUGAUCUGGGCUUCUCGGAUAUAGGCUGCUAUGGCUCCGAAAUCCAGACUCCGAACAUCGACCAUCUGGCCAGCGAGGGCGUCCGCAUGCUCAACCACCAUGCCGCCGCAGCAUGUUCACCGACUCGAGCCAUGCUGCUGAGCGGAACAGAUGCCCAUCUCGGAGGACUGGGUGUUCUAAUUGAAUUCAAACAGCACGCGCAAGGAGCAGCGCGGUAUUCCGGGAAAGCAGGAUACGAAGGAUAUCUGAACAGAGACGUCGCAACGCUUCCUGAAAUCUUGGAAGACAAUGGGUACUUUACAGUCAUGUCAGGAAAGUGGCAUCUCGGGCUGCGCUCAUCGCAGGGACCCUGGGAACGGGGCUUCCAAAAGGCGUUCGCGAUGCUUCCUGGCUGCUCCAAUCACUAUGGGUGGGAGCCGGUUCAAGAGAGAUUUCCGAUCGGCGGCCGGCCUAUCCAUGCGGAUAGAGACGGAAAGGUUGAUAUAACGCCUAAUAAGAACGAAGACCCCGAGGGUUUCUACUCGACCGACUACUACACCGACCGCCUCAUCAAGUUCUUCGAAGAGCGCACUGAGGAUGAGAAAGCGAAACCGUUCUUUUCGUUCCUGCCAUACACGGCGCCGCAUUGGCCGCUGCAGUGCUCUCGAGCACAGCGUGACAAAUACAAAGGAGUCUAUGACGACGGUCCAUAUGCUCUGCGGGAACGCCGUCUGAAGCAACUCGUCGAGCUGGGCAUCAUUGACGAAUCUGUCGUUCCUCACAAUGUGGAAACAGCAAGGGUCGGUGCUGAAGAGUGGGACAGCUUGACCGCAGAGGAGAAACGCCUGUCAAGCAGGGCGAUGGAAACCUAUGCAGGAAUGGUGGACACAAUCGAUGUCAACGUCGGCAAGGUGAUCGACUACUUGAAGAGGACUGGUGAAUACGACAACACGAUGAUUGUCUUUAUGAGCGACAAUGGAGCUGAGGGGGCAGCCCUGGAAGCUGUCCCUGUUCUGGGAGAAAACAUCAUGGGAGCCAUCAAGAAAUACUAUGACAACUCAUACGACAACAUUGGAGCCUACAAUUCUUACACUUGGCUCGGUCCAUUAUGGGCACAAGCAUCAACUGCCCCAUCCCGACUAUUCAAAUGCUAUCCCUCGCAGGGUGGCAUUCUCGUCCCCUGUGUAGUUAAGCCUCCAGCGAGCAGUCUCCCAUCCAUCACUGCAGGCUCAUUCAGCCGCUCAUUCACAACGGUCAUGGACUUUGUCCCCACAUUCCUCGACCUAGCCAAUGUGUCCCUGCAACCUGCCCGGGCAAAGGGUCAGCGCGCGAUGACCACCUUCCGGGGCCGAUCAGUCCACGCAGUCAAAGGCAAGUCUUGGGUCCCCUUCUUCGCACGCGGCGAAGCCGUAGAGAAAGACGAGUCGUGGGCCAUACAUGCAUCUUCAGAGCCAAUUGGGUGGGAGCUUUUCGCGCGCGGGGCGCUGCGUAAGGGCGACUGGAAGAUCGUACACUUUGCAAAGGCGCAGGGAGGCGCAGGUGAGGGUGAUGAAGGGUGGGAAUUGUUUAAUGUCGUGGAGGAUCCUGGCGAGACUAGAGAUCUAGCGAAGGAGAAGCCUGAGAAGUUGCAGGAGCUGUUGAGGCAUUGGGACGAGUAUGUAGUCGAGUGUGGGAUUGUAUGGGGCGAGGGGGCUAUUGCGCCGGGACACAGUGCUGAGGAGGCUCCGGAACUAUGGGAGGAUGAGAUGGGCCUGCAGAAGGCCUGGAUGGAGGCUAGAGGGGGUGAGCGGCCAUUGAGCUGUCAGUAG